AUGUUGCGCGCCAUAGUCGCCAUCGCGGCUCUGCUUCUGGCCACGGUCGCUUACUAUAUUGAUGAUCUCAUCAAGAAGAGAAAGCAGUUGGACGGUUUGCCACAACCGCCAAUGCUGAACAAACUGGUCGGCCACCUCAACAUUGCCGGCGAACUCAACAAGGUAUUCCCACAUCGUGUGCAUGCCCAAGUCUGGGGUGACUACAUGCGUACCAAAUGGAACUUACCGGAAAUCUUUUACCUUGACCUUCGGCCAUUCGGACCCCUGACAAUGUAUGUUGCCGACCCCGUGGCAGCCUCCAAAUAUGUGACCACUACCACAUCUCUGCCAAAGGCCCCGGCCGCCAAGGACUUUCUCGAUAAGUUCCUGGGCAAAAACAACAUGGUCUCACUCGAGGGUGCUCAAUGGAAGAAUCUCCGCAGCAUUUUCAAUCCUGGCUUCUCCUUGACCAACAUCAUGACCCUGUCCGACGUCAUCGUCGAUGCGAGCUUGACUUUUUGCGACAUCAUCAGGAGCAAAGUCGCCUCGGGCGAGCUCUUUGAGCUGGAGGACCUCUGCACGGGGCUGACUAUUGAGAUCAUCGGAAAGGUCGUUCUCGAUGCCGAUUUGCAAGCCCAGACUCAGACGCAUCCAAUCACCACUCUAUUCCGCGAAAGAUCCAGGAUGAUGCCUCCAUCAGACGCAGUUUUCCCGUGGCAAGCGGUCGAUCUACUACGGCCUUACAAGCUCUGGCGCAAUGGUGGAAAGCUAGACCGUGCAAUCAGCAAGGAGCUUGACCUAAAGAUUGAGCGACGUGCAAAGGAACUGAUGGAGACGGAGAGACGUGCGAAACCAGCUGCCAAGAAACGCUCCGUUGUCGAUCUUGCCAUGAAUGCUUAUGAAAAGGAGAUCUCGGCAGCACGAAAUAUCGAUUUUAGGCUCCGGGAGCCAAAGGGCAUGCCAGACAGCUUGCGGAUGGACAUUAGCGACUCGGUCAAGACGUUCAUCUUUGCUGGACACGAUACGACCUCAUCGACACUGUGUUGGGCGAAUUAUUUUCUACACAAACACCCCGAAGUUUACGCCAAAGUUCGAAAGGAAUUGGACACCUAUCUGCCCGGCGGUCUAGCCGAGACUGCUGCCAAGAUCAAGGAAGACCCUUAUACCGUGAAUAAGCUCGAAUACACCGUUGCUGUACUCAAAGAGACUCUGCGCAUAUUCCCACCAGCAAGUACGGUGCGUGGUCCCGUCCACGGCGGAUAUAUCGUGGACUCCGGAACGCAGGAAAAGUUGCCCAUGAUUGGCGACGACGCUUGUCUCAUCUGGCCAGUCUCGCACCUGAUCCAUCGCAACAAGCGUUUCUUUCCCCGACCGACCGAGUUCAUUCCCGAGCGCUUCAUUCCCAGCCAGACGCCAUUUCCCGACGCGGAACUCUUCACGGAAGCCGGCAAAGAUGCCUUCCGACCCUUUGAAAAGGGGCCGCGGAAUUGCAUCGGGCAGGAACUGGCCAUGCUCGAGGGCAAGAUCAUCCUUGCCCUCACAGCACGCGAGUUUGACUUCGUCUUGGAGUACCCCGGCGAGGAAGCCGACAUACGCUAUCCGGUGCCCGAGAGCACGGCUGAGGAACUCAGCAAGAGUACGGAGUACGGCAAGGCGAUUCGGGCUGGCACGCAAAUCCCAGACCGCGUCGAGGGCCAUCGUGUGUACCCGAUGCUUCUCGGAGCUGCCAAGCCUGUUGGCGGCUGUCCCGGACGUGUAUACUAUAGAAACAAGUAG